AUGCAUGAUUCUGUUCAUCAGGGCUUAGAUAACAUCAGCGACUACGCCAUCAGCUUUCAUUACGUUGAACCAACUCAGAUGUACGCCCUGGAGUUUUUCACCUACCACUUACGGCCUUAUGGGGUUCUCAACCUACCCAUGGCCAUCAACGCCAGGUCG